AUGGUAGCGGAUUUACAGGACCAAGAACCUAGCAUUGUUAUAAAUGAUAAGUUGGGCAACAGUCUGGGCAACGAUGAGCCUCUAGAUUAUGAUGAGGAAAUGGGUUUGGAGGAGCACGAGCACGAGCAAGAGGACGGUGAAAAGCCCAAAAAAAGUGUAGCCUUCAGCGGAGUGGAUGAUUUCGAAUCUGAAGAAGAGAAACGCCAGCGUGAAUUCGAAGAAGGUGGGGGGCUGCCAGAACAAUGCUCGGACCCAGACUUUACGGCAUUGAAUCCUCUUUCUGCAGAAAUUAUCAACAGACAAGCGACAAUCAACAUUGGUACGAUCGGACACGUCGCACACGGUAAAUCCACAGUGGUGAGAGCGAUCUCCGGAGUUCAAACAGUCCGUUUCAAAGACGAGCUGGAACGUAACAUUACCAUCAAGCUGGGUUACGCCAACGCCAAGAUCUACAAGUGUGACGACUCAAGCUGUCCUGAACCGGACUGCUACCGCUCUUUCAAAUCUGACAAAGAAAUCAGCCCAAAAUGUCAGCGUCCCGGGUGUCAAGGUCGUUACAAGCUGGUACGCCACGUCUCGUUCGUUGACUGUCCCGGUCACGAUAUUUUGAUGAGUACCAUGUUGUCCGGUGCUGCCGUCAUGGACGCAGCUCUGCUUCUAAUUGCCGGUAACGAGUCUUGUCCACAGCCUCAGACUUCAGAACAUUUGGCUGCCAUCGAAAUUAUGAAGCUGAAACACGUUAUUAUUUUACAGAACAAAGUCGAUUUGAUGCGCGAGGAAAGUGCUCUAGAACAUCACAAUUCGAUUCUAAAGUUCAUAAGAGGUACCAUCGCCGAUGGUGCCCCUGUGGUUCCCAUUUCGGCUCAAUUGAAAUACAACAUUGACGCCGUUAACGAAUUCAUUGUCAAAACCAUCCCUGUCCCACCAAGAGACUUCUUGGCCUCUCCUCGCCUGAUCGUGAUUCGUUCUUUCGAUGUCAAUAAGCCUGGUGCAGAAAUCGAGGACUUAAAGGGUGGUGUAGCUGGUGGUUCUAUUCUGACUGGUGUCUUCAAGUUGGGCGACGAAAUUGAAAUCAGACCUGGUAUUGUCACUAAGGAUGAGCAAGGCAAAAUUCAAUGUAAACCUAUUUUCUCAAACAUUGUGUCGCUUUUUGCUGAGCACAAUGACCUUAAAUUCGCCGUCCCUGGUGGUCUAAUUGGUGUUGGUACUAAGGUCGACCCAACGCUUUGCAGAGCUGAUCGUUUGGUUGGUCAAGUUGUAGGUGCUAAAGGCCAUUUGCCAAGCAUUUACACGGAUAUCGAAAUUAACUACUUUUUGCUACGUCGUCUGUUGGGUGUUAAAACUGAUGGUCAAAAGCAAGCCAAGGUCAGAAACUUGGACUUGAACGAAGUGUUAAUGGUUAACAUUGGUUCUACUGCUACUGGUGCUCGUGUGGUCGCCGUUAAAGCCGAUAUGGCUAGACUACAGCUGACCUCCCCAGCUUGUACGGAAGUCAACGAAAAGAUCGCUUUGUCGAGACGUAUCGAGAAGCAUUGGCGUUUGAUCGGGUGGGCAACAAUUAAAAAGGGUACUACAUUGGAACCAAUUGCUUAA